AUGGCCUUCUUGAGGUUCAGAGACUCUGGUGAGGUUGUCAAAACUUUUGAUUGUGCCUAUCUCUCACCCAAGGAUUGCUGCCGCCGAAUUUGCCAUCCCCACUUGUACAGAAGGGCGGAACGAUUGCCCAGUGGGUAUGUGGAAUUCCACAUGCCCUCCGGCAGCCUACUCUCGCCAGAUCUUGAGGAGGCAGACAACCCACCAGCAUCCUCCUUACUGUCUCAGUCACAGGAAUGCGAAAGAAGUGAUUUCCCUAUUGGUGGUGAGGCGACAGAGGAAGACGAUGAUGAUCUAUUGGUGAUGUAA